UGGUAUAAAAAAUUUUUUUAUUCAUGUUAAUAAUACAAAACCAUUAAUUACAAAUUAUGCUUGUAGUGACAAGUUUGAUAUUUCAUUCAAAAUACAUCAAUAUAGAGGUAUUGUUAGUGGUUAAUGAUUAAACAUACAAGAAGGACGCAUAAUACUGUUAGCACUAUUGGCGUGCUUCCUCUCCAUGAUGUGUCCAUAACCAUGUAAAUAAAGCAGAUCAAUAUUACAAACUUCAUUGCAUAUACAAAAUCAUGACCACUGAUGAGAUUUGAUUCUGAUUUCAUAUUACACUGAAUAACACAUUGAUCAUAAUGUCUCUUAAGUCUGUAUGCUCUCAGCACAAGAUCAGCCCUCCCCCAUACCAGUCCCCUACUAGUCAACCCUCCUCAUACCAGUCCUAUACUAGUCAACCCUUCCCAUACCAGUCCCCUACUAGUCAACCCUCCUCAUACCAGUCCCAUACUAGUCAACCCUCCCCAUACCAGUCCCAUACUAGUCAACCCUCUCCAUACCAGUCCCAUACUAGUCAACCCUCCCCAUACCAGUCCCAUACUAGUCAACCCUCCCCAUACCAGUCCCAUACUAGUCAACCCUCCCCAUACCAGUCCCAUACUAGUCAACCCUCCCCAUACCAGUCCCAUACUAGUCAACCCUCCCCAUACCAGUCCCAUACUAGUCAACCCUCCCCAUACCAGUCCCAUACUAGUCAACCCUCCCCAUACCAGUCCCAUACUAGUCAACCCUCCCCAUACCAGUCCCAUACUAGUCAACCCUCCCCAUACCAGUCCCAUACUAGUCAACCCUCCCCAUACCAGUCCCAUACUAGUCAACCCUCCCCAUACCAGUCCCAUACUAGUCAACCCUCCCCAUACCAGUCCCAUACUAGUCAACCCUCCCCAUACCAGUCCCAUACUAGUCAACCCUCCCCAUACCAGUCCCAUACUAGUCAACCCUCCCCAUACCAGUCCCAUACUAGUCAACCCUCCCCAUACCAGUCCCAUACUAGUCAACCCUCCCCAUACCAGUCCCAUACUAGUCAACCCUCCCCAUACCAGUCCCAUACUAGUCAACCCUCCCCAUACCAGUCCCAUACUAGUCAACCCUCCCCAUACCAGUCCCAUACUAGUCAACCCUCCCCAUACCAGUCCCAUACUAGUCAACCCUCCCCAUACCAGUCCCAUACUAGUCAACCCUCCCCAUACCAGUCCCAUACUAGUCAACCCUCCCCAUACCAGUCCCAUACUAGUCAACCCUCCCCAUACCAGUCCCAUACUAGUCAACCCUCCCCAUACCAGUCCCAUACUAGUCAACCCUCCCCAUACCAGUCCCAUACUAGUCAACCCUCCCCAUACCAGUCCCAUACUAGUCAACCCUCCCCAUACCAGUCCCAUACUAGUCAACCCUCCCCAUACCAGUCCCAUACUAGUCAACCCUCCCCAUACCAGUCCCAUACUAGUCAACCCUCCCCAUACCAGUCCCAUACUAGUCAACCCUCCCCAUACCAGUCCCAUACUAGUCAACCCUCCCCAUACCAGUCCCAUACUAGUCAACCCUCCCCAUACCAGUCCCAUACUAGUCAACCCUCCCCAUACCAGUCCCAUACUAGUCAACCCUCCUCAUACCAGUCCCAUACUAGUCAACCCUCCCCAUACAAGUCCCAUACUAGUCAACCCUCCCCAUACCAGUCCCAGACUAGUCAACCCUCCUCAUACCAGUCCCAUACUAGUCAACCCUUCCCAUACCAGUCCCAUACUUGUCAACUCUCCUCAUACCAGUCCCCUACUAGUCAACCCUCUCCAUACCAGUCCCAUACUAGUCAACCCUCCCCAUACCAGUCCCCUACUAGUCAACCCUCCUCAUACCAGUCCCAUACUAGUCAACCCUUCCCAUGCCAGUCCCAUACUUGUCAACCCUCCUAUUACCAGUCCCAUACUAGUCAACCCUUCCCAUACCAGUCCCAUACUUGUCAACCCUCCUAUUACCAGUCCCAUACUAGUCAACCCUUCCCAUACCAGUCCCAUACUUGUCAACCCUCCUCAUACCAGUCCCAUACAAGUCAACCCUCCUCAUACCAGUCCCAUACCUGUCAACCCUCCCCAUACCAGUCCCAUACAAGUCAACCCUCCCCAUACCAGUCCCAUACUAGUCAACCCUCCCCAUACCAGUCCCCAACUAGUCAACCCUCUCCAAACCAGUCCCAUACAAGUCAACCCUCUCCAUACCAGUCCCAUACAAGUCAACCCUCUCCAUACCAGUCCCAUACUAGUCAACCCUCUCACUACCAGCCCCAUACUAGUAAAUCCUCCCCAUACCAGUCCCCUACUAGUCAACCCUCUCCUUACCAGUCCCAUACUAGUCAACCCUCCCCAUACCAGUCCCAUACUAGUCAACCCUUACCAUGCCAGUCCCAGACUAGUCAACCCUCCCCAUACAAGUCCCAUACUAGUCAACCCUUGCCAUGCCAGUCCCAGACUAGUCAACCCUCCCCAUACCAGUCCCAUACUAGUCAACCCUCUCGAAACCAGUCCCAUACAAGUCAACCCUCUCCAUACAAGUCCCAUACAAGUCAACCCUCUCCAUACCAGUCCCAUACUAGUCAACCCUCCCCAUGCCAGUCCCAUACUAGUCAACCCUCCCCAUACAAGUCCCAUACUAGUCAACCCUUCCCAUGCCAGUCCCAGACUAGUCAACCCUCCCCAUGCCAGUCCCAGACUAGUCAAUUCUUUAGGAACUAG